AUGAUGCAUGGUUAUUUAUGGACAAAUAACACCGUUUACUAUGAAUUUGAUCCAUCUCUUCAGGAUGAUCAAAUAUAUUUAAUAAAGAGAGCGAUCAAGUAUAUCAGUGAACGAACUUGUAUCAAGUUUAUACAUGCUCCUAAAGCAGAAAAUAUAAUAGUGUUUCUCAGCGACGGGACUGGAUGUGCAUCUUAUGUCGGGAUGAGAGGCGGAGCUCAAGCAGUUUGGCUUGAUAGAUCAUGUAUGCAGAUGGAAAAUGCCGCUCACGAAAUCAUACAUGCUUUGGGUUCCAUGCACACCCAAAGCAGGUACGACCGAGAUGAGUAUGUGAUUGUAAAAACCAAUGAUGUUGUGAGUUUACACUUUGAGGAACAGUCCAGUUGGAGAAAGCUUUCCGUCAACGAGUCAUUCAAUCCAGUUCCAUUCGAUUUUGCUAGUGUUAUGUUGUACCACUACUCUGAUCUUCUGAAGCCAAUAAAUCCGAUUUGGAAACACACAAUCGGAAUCCGGCUAAUCAGCUUCUCUGACAUGUUAGCUAUUAAUAGAAAAUACCAAUGCACGUGUCCUGAAACUCUGGACUGUAAAAAUGGAAGUAUACCAAAUCCAGCAAAAUGUUCGGAAUGUUUUUGUCCGAAUGGGUUUGGAGGAAGGUUUUGUGAUGAUGUGCCAAAUGAUGAAAGGACUUUCACCAAGAAAUUUAUGGCAGGGCCGGAAUGGGUAGAGUACUCUUUGCAGUUUGGGUUUAACAAUCUUUAUGAGAACGAGUUUAUGAAAACUGUUUUGUUUAUUCAGGCUCCUCGAAACAAAACAAUUCAAGUUCAAGUAACUGGCAUCUAUAGAUUCACCUGUGCCGGCAGUUGUCUUUGGAGUGGCUAUGAAAUCAAGCACAUGGGAGAUCCCAGGGUGAUCAAUCCUAGAUUUUGCUGCACGGAUCAAGAGGGAUGGAAUGCAACCUACACUUCAAAGUUGAACCCAACACCUGUUACUCUGUACAAUAAGAUGAGAUAUGCUUCACAUCUGACAAUGAGGUAUCGAUUCAUCGAUGGAUCUGUGGAUGAUCUUCCGAAAACUAAUAACACGUAUGAUUCAUUUGAGUAUCCGAUU